AUGUAUCCAGUAACCCAGAUGGGCCCGGCGCUGCAGUGCCUAGUAAUCCUUCCGCCGAAGAGCAAACGGAGAAAGGCAAUUGUGGCGGGCUUCGUCGAGGUCUAUCGGGGACCAGAGCGAAGCUAUAAGGUUACGAAAUUACAGCCUGGCGUACGUUAUACCAGCCGCGUCCAGGCUGUCAACCCCCUUGGUGAAGGCCCAUUUAGCCUCUGCAGCGCGUACACAACGCAGGCAACGGUCCCUGCUGCUCCAGAGCCUCCCGUAGUUCAGGCAGCUGCAUCGAAUGCCCUUACGCUUCAGUGGACGCCGCCGCCGGACAAUGGCUCGCCGAUUAUCGGUUAUAGAUUGGAGCGCGACGACGGCCCCGGUACCGAGUUCAGGCACUGUUACGUUGGCCCCAAUACCUGGCACACUGUGACGAAACUGAGUCCGGGAACUGUGUACCGCUUCCGACUGCGUGCUGACAACGAUGAGGGGCAGAGCACGUGGAGCCCGACAGCAUCGCUUUUGACUGGUGCGGCUCCACCUGACAGCCCUGCGGCGCUGCAGGUGGUGACCCCGCUCACCACCUCAGCAACCCUGGCGUGGAGUCCGCCGGAAAAAGACUAUGGCAGCAAGGUCGUCGCUUAUGAGGUUGAGUUGCAGGCCAUUUCGCGCGCGGCCGUGGCUUGCAUGGGCACGGCGUGGCUGAAGAUCUUUGAGGGCGAGGCGCUAGCAUGCACAAUCAAUUCACUGUGCCCGGGCUGUGCAUAUUUCGUGCGGGUGCGAGCCCGAAACUCGGCCGGUUGGGGAGAUUGGGCCACACCCGUGAAUCUCACGACAGCGCCGGAUGUGCCCGAGGCGCCGCUCUCCCUGCAGCCCACCAGCUGCUCGGAAUCCACAAUAGUCAUCUCGUGGGCGCCCCCCCGGCAUGACGGCGGUUCUAAAGGCUCCCCGACGGCAUUGCCCCGGCCUGUGCUUUGCAAAGCCCAGUCCCCAUUGGUUGUGUACAACCGGGAGCACGUCGGGGCGGAGCUUCGUAACCUGCAGCCGGGGUGUCGCUACAUUUUUCGACUUCAAGCGGUGCCCAACUUUGGCCCGCCUGGGCCAGCUGGUAUUAUAACCGACCAGCGGCUCAUUGUCGGACUGUCCUUCAAGCCUUGCUACCGGGGUCCGGAUACCAGCUGCGAGGUGCGAGGCCUGGAGCCCAAGAGCACCUACGCGCUCCGGUUACGCGCGCAUAACGACGUCGGGCCAAGCGAAUGGAGUGCUUGCGCAGCAGCUAUCACUAGCCACGCACCGCCGACGUGCCCUGUAUCUGUCGUUGCUCAGCCGGCCUCCUGCUGUAAAAUCCUGCUCUGCUGGAUGCCCCCAGAGAAGGACAACGGUGCAGCGGUCUUUUCCUACACCGGCGGCAGCAAUUCGACAUCCUGGAGUCAAUUGUACUUGGGCGAAGCGUGUGCUUGCUCAGCCGACGGCCUAGCUCCUGCACGGACAUAUCAGUUCCGUGUGCGCGCCAGUAAUGUGUGCGGCUGCGGACCCAGUUCAGCCGUCGUAACGGCAACAACCCUAGCUGCACCGCCGUCGGCGCCUGGGAAGCCGGUUGUGUUGUCACGUGCUGCAACAAAUAUUCGCGUCCGCUGGGAUGAGCCGGAACAUUCAUACGGCGCAGUUGUAACCACAUACAAGUUGGAGGGAGCGCCAGCGGGCACGGAUGAAUGGACGACUUUGUACGAAGGUUCUGAAGCGACGGGGGAUUAUAGCGAAUGUGAGGCGAUCACGACGGCGAUGAUGGCGCCUAUGCCACCUACGAACGUCUUGGUCUCGUCGGAUUCGACCGAGGAUGCCGCGGCUUCGGGCCCAGCGGAGACUGCAUUUCCAUCAGACGGUGCGCGGGCAGAAACUAUCCCGAUCGUCACGGUUACCUGGCAGGAUCCACCAGCGGUAAGUCCACAUGCCGCGGCUAUGGGUUACGAAGUCGAGGCUCGGCCGAAACCUGGGUCCGACGUAGCGGGCGCUUCAGGUGGAGGCGUGGUUAAGGUGACGGUGGCCAGCCGGCGAUGUGACACGCGCUUGGAAGGGCUCGUCCCGGGCUGCACGUACGCGGUCCGCGUGCGAUCGGUGGGUGUUGAGGGUACUGGGCAUAGUAGCUGGAGCGAGGAGGCUUGCGUGGCGAUUCAGCCACGGCUGGAUGUGGACACUGCAUCGGUGUGCAGUGCGAGCGCUGCAGGCGGGGGGGCAGCAGGUGGGAACAGCAUUGCUCCACGCAAAGGUGGCGCUGCGUCAAAGCGCGCUAGGCGACAACAAACACUAUCAGCAACUGCCCCACCAGCGCACAGCACGGCGCCGGCGGGACCCAUGGCCGCGGCUUCGGCACGGGCCCCAUCAACCUCUGGAGAUGAGGCGGUGGCGCCAACUGCUACACGCGCGCGGUCCAAGCCUCCGACAGGCGUGCUUGGCAAACGCGGGACUGCAACAACAUCCGUGGCGUUGCCUCGGCCGCGACCAAAGAGCUGGCUGGUGCGGCUCGGCGAGUGUUCCUCCAUCACGGAAAAUCUGUUCAGCUGCAUUUUCGGGCCAAACUGGCGGCGUGACGCAGGCAAGCAGCUUCAAGCCUGCGUCAAUUACGCCAUCAUUAUAGCGGCAGUGGUCAUUUUCCUUGUGUUCAUCCAUUGGCAUGUCUCCUCGCGGCACUAA